GCUUGCUGUGAGAGAGAGAGAGAGAGGUUUUUUUUUUUUGCUUCGAUGGCUCUUAGAAAAUCUCAAGCGCUAAAAUCCCUCUUGUAUUCUCAUCUGAGAAUCGCCAUGCAAUGUUCCCAAACAUCCCUUUUCCAUCACAUCUGGAAUCCUCAUUGUGCAGUGGCCUGUCGGAUGUUUUGUGCAAGGUCUCCAAUCAUAAACCAGCCUUUAGGCUUCGUAAUGACGUGGGAAGUAUUAAUCUCAUGGGGUGCCUUUGGAUUCACACGUAUCAGCCAAGGAAUUUGGCGCAGGAAGCAGCAGAGCUGGGAAAGAAGACUGAAAAUGUGGUAGCUGUUGAUGAUGAUUCUAAUGUAAAAAUAAAGAGAAAAAAGUUGAAAGGUAAAAGGGCAGUGGUAAGAUGGCUCAAGUUUUUCAGAUACAAGAAGAAAAAGGAGUAUGAAAGAAUGACUGCAGAAGAAAAGAUAUUGUACAAAUUGAAGAAGGCUCGAAAAAAGGAGGACCGAUUUGUGCAGGCUUUAAAGAAGAUUGAACCUCCUGAUUCAUCUGAAACGACCCACGACCCAGAAAUAUUGACGCCGGAAGAGCACUUUUACUACCUCAAGAUGGGUCACAAGUCCAAGAACUAUGUUCCCAUUGGAAGGCGUGGGAUUUUUCAGGGGGUCAUUCUCAACAUGCAUUUGCACUGGAAGAAACAUCAAACUCUGAAGGUUGUGGUGAAGACAUUCACAGCAGAGGAGGUCCGAGAGCUUGCGGCUGAGUUGGCUAGAUUAAGCGGAGGAAUCGUGCUCGACAUACAUGAAGAGAACACGAUCAUCAUGUAUAGAGGAAAGAACUAUUCUCAGCCACCUACGGAGAUAAUGUCACCUAAAAUUACUCUCUCCAAGAGGAAGGCUUUAGACAAAUCCAAGUACCGAGAUGGUCUCCGAGCUCUCAGAAACUUCAUUCCUAGGCUUGAGCGGGAUCUCGAAGUACUUCAGGUGCGAGAAAAACAGGAGAGGGAAAAUAAAACUGAUGCCACAAGUGAAAAAUGCCAAGGCAAUGUUGACCUUGAUAGUUAUGGAGAAGUUUCUGAUCAAUUGGACUAUUCAGAUGGCUUUGGCAAGACAGUGAGUGGAAAUGAUGAUUCUUUGGAGGAUGAUUCCAUGACGGAGUCGGGUACAUUGUCAGAUUCAGAAGCUCUAUCGGAUAUUUUUGAGACAGACUCAGGUGGGGAUGAGGGAGAGAAGGCAGAAUGCCCUCUUUAUUUGGAUGAGUUUGAAAGGUUUCCGAUGGACCAUGGACAGGAGCCGGAGGAUUUCGAGGAGCAUCUGCGUCAAAUUUCUAUCAAUGCCAAGAAGGCCAGUUCAUCAGGGAAAGAUGUUGAAUUGUCGGACCUGGAUGAGGUUGACAGGAUGUUCUUACGUGCGGGUUCGUUGUUGAGGAAAAAGAGAAAAUAAUUUUUUUUAAGGUACCCGAAAACUUCAGUAGCAAUUCUUACGGUUUCCUGAAAAUUAGAGUUGUAUCACUGGGGCUUUCUGCCAUAAAAGAUGGUAACCCAAAUUAGCAGAAUUUUGAUUGGACUUCCAAUGACCAAGGUUCAAGUGACCCAGGAGAAUCUGAACCAAUAGAGCAUGAAAUGGAAGUUGAUACUCAUGGUGAGGAUUCCUUUGGGACUGAAGUUUGCUUAUUCAGGUGAAAUGACCUAUCCAGAAACUGAAAUCUAAUCAGACGGUGAAGAAAGCUCCAGACUUCCAGCAAGGUUGCGGCCGUCAGCCUUACAUUCCUCUUAAGUGGUGGAAAAGAAAAAAAUCCAGACCUCUGAUGCUGGGAAUUUGCAGUGUAUCAUAUUCCAGAUUUUGCAAUACUAAUUUUGUUAUACAAUAAUCGAGCGAUCUACAAGGAAAGAUUUUUUUUGUUCCUCC